CGUCGUGGACCCGGACUCGAACGCGGUCGGGCCUCUUCACUUCGGGCCGAGAUCCAACGUCGUCGCUGCAGCACGACCCCAGGCGAUGUGGAGGAGUCCAGCCGCGUCGCACGCUUCUCGUCCGACCGCCGACUCGUCGGUGGCACGCGUGCCCUCUCCGAGCAGCGCUGUUCUUCUGGACGCCGCCCACAAGAGACUUCGGGAAACGCGCGAUUGUUGUCCUCCGUGUGCAGCCAAGGUAUUCGCCAGCCCGCACCGUGCCCCACCGCCAUGGCCCAGCAGCCCCGCGAGAAACGGCGCUCGCUGCUCCGAUGGCUGGUGUCUCGAUCGCGGGACCGCAAGACUCCGGCCCCGUCGUCCGGCGGCUCCCUGCCCCUGGCCUCGCUGCCCAAGUCCCACACCUACUCGGGCGCCUGCUGCAAGGCGCCCCAGCACCGAGCCCAGCGGUCCCUGAGCGUCUACGAUGUUCUCGGCGACCCGCAGCAGCCGGCCGCGCCGAAGGGUGCGACGGACGACGCAUCCCAGCGACCCUUGCUGGCGCUGUGCAGGCUCUGCUUGACCGUGGUGCCGUCGGCGGCGUUGUACCGGAUGACGCGCUGCGGCUGCUACUUCUGCCUACAGUGCACACGUCAGUACCUGACUGUCAGCAUUCGCGAUGGCAAUGCGUACAUACCAUGUCCUGAUGACAAGUGCCCAAGUGGAGGUGUCUUUGAGUCUUCAGAGAUUGAAAAGCUUGUCGAAAGGGAUGUUCUAGAGCUUUACCUCCGAUGCAAGCUUAACCGAGAUGUGGAGAUGGACCCCCACCAAACUUGGUGCCCUGGUCCAGGAUGUGAGAGCAUCUGCCGUGUCUUCCCACCAUUGCGCGAUUGUGAAGCAUCGCCUGUCCACUGUUCCAAGUGCAAGCUCACCUUUUGCUCCUCAUGCAAGGAGCGUUGGCAUGCAUACCAGUCCUGUGACGAGUUCCGGAGGCAAUUUUCUGAAGAUGAAUUGGCCAACCUGCCAGGCGAAGAAUCUGGCCUGAUCAAGCGCUGUCCACGGUGUCGCAUUCCCAUUGAGCGAGAUGAAGGCUGUGCUCAGAUGAUGUGCAAGCGCUGUCGACACGUGUUCUGCUGGUACUGCCUUGCCUCCCUCGACGAUGAUUUCCUGUUGCGGCACUAUGACAAAGGGCCCUGCAAGAACAAGCUGGGCCACUCACGGGCAUCUGUUGUCUGGCACAGGACUCAGGUUGUGGGCAUCUUUGCCGGAUUCGGCUUCCUCUUACUGCUGGCCUCACCCCUUCUCUUGCUGGCAGCGCCAUGUCUGCUGUGCUGCAGGUGCAGUGGCUGUCAUCGCUGCCUCGACCCUGAGCCAACAACCCUCUGAACUCAGUGGUUGCAUUAGACUGAGCCAGACAGAAAUCAAGGAGGAGACUUCUUCUUGCAUGAGCAGUGGACAAGCGCACAUGAGCGUGCAAUGAUCCAUAGCUGGCAUGUUCACUGACCGCCAACUAUUCUGUCUGUAGCAGGCUGUGUUCUGAGCUCCACCUGUGACUGUCGCGAAUUGUCGGUGUCAAGACUGGUAAUAAUAAUGGCAUCGAUGUGGUUGUGCAGCAGAACCUUUCUUUUUUGAAGCUGUGGCUCCAACACGAGCCUUCGGAAGCUAUCUCUGAAUGCUUGUCUCGCCUGUGAACAGAGUCGUGAGCCUUGUGGCAUGGACAGCAAACUCGCUGAAAACAGCGUGAUGGCUGUUCCCUCUCGUGGCAAGUGCUUUUUGUCAACUAUGAGACAUCCGAUGAAAAUGAAUGAAGAACUAGUUUUGAGUGGGGUCUUGGCACAUUGGUGUUACUUCAUUUGGCAGUUGCCGAAAUGCCAUUGCAAGGAUAUUGAAACUUUAGAUUAAGAAUGUGGAAUGCUGACUGUAUCAAGCAGAAUGAACUAAUUUUCUCGACAGAGGCCACAAAAACGUAGACAGGCUCUGCUCAGAGUAGUAUUGAAAAAAUAUAGGAAUCGCACUUGGCAUGUACACCAUUCAGUGGUGACGCAGAGCUUUCAACUGCAAACAAAGCCUCGUAUGAAAAAUACUCUCGUGGAAGAACUUUGAAAUAAAGCACACUAUGUUGGUGUGGCAUUGCUCUUGCAAGCAGUGCAUAUAAGAAGUCUGAUACAUCAAAAAAGUUGCCAGAACAAAUUCUGGUCUUUUCACUUCCAAUGUUCGAGUUCCUCUACAUGGCAGCAUACAUGAACAGCUACACAACUGUGUUUGGCGAGCUCAAACAUGCACCAGAAGUUGUAAUAACAUGCUGUCAUAGUGAAUUGUAACAGCAGCAUUUGCACUGGGCAGUGAUUAAAACAGUUCCUUGCUCAGUUUUUAAUGGGAUAUUUCGGCAAUGAAAUUAAAAACAUUCAUGUGGUGACACAGUUCAGUGUUUGCUUGUAAUAUUUAGCCUAAUCUAUCGCUGCCCAUACAAUGUUUUGGGAUGUGAAACCAAGCAGUAGGAUGGAUAAAGACGUCCUGUUGUAGACAUUUCAACAUUCUAGUAGCAGUUGAGCUGUUGUGGAAGACAGUUGAGAGCAGUGUUUCAUGCUUACUCAGUCACCCAUGCUGCAGUGCAGAACAAAUGCAGCAGUAAGUUCUUUGCAGAAGAGUUGUCACCCCUUCUUAGUUUGUAAGCAGGGGUUCUGUCUGUAUUUCUUUCCUCGAUGCCGUCCGUGUUGCGCUCAGGACUACUGUUCCGUUACACCCACUAGUUUCACUGCGUGCAACUAUGUUUAGCAGUGUCGUAGCUUAGCUGUAGCAUGGCUCCUUAGGCCCUCAGCUGUUGUGGCAAGUUCUGUGCCAUUUAGACAGCACUGAAUAGUAGUGCUAUUAGUUGACUUGGCUUUAUGAAGCUUUUUGGGCAGAGUUAAAAUGCAGAGAGUCUUCUCUGAGAGUAUAACACGCUUCACAGCGCAAAGUUCUUGAGGAUGUAGCUGCAGGCUAGAAUCUUUGUGAGAAAGCCAAAGGCUCUUUAUUUGUGGUGCUAUACAUUGUCAUCCUGCAGCGAAAAGUCAUGGAACAGCAAGGGAACAAUGUACAUAGUGUUGUGUUAUGCUGUUGGAACAAUUUGUUUAAAGAGUCCUUCAGGUUAGUGUGGCAGCGGAGAUUUCUGUUCUGUUCACUGGUUCACGUUGGAGGAAACUGUUCAAUAUAAUAUGUGGUGAUGCUUGGAAUCUAGUUGGCACUCUCUAGAUGUGAACUUUCUUUUUCUGUUGUUUCUGUGGCUGGCUGAGUUUAGUCAGUAAACCUCUGUACAUAAAUGGAUGCACUUGAUUUCUGUACAUAGGGCAAAGUUUCAACUGUGCAAAUGCUCUUGCAAUAUUUGCAGAAGAGUGGCAACUAUUUGCGAGUGCUAAUUAUUAAGAUAUGCAUGCAUACUACACACUUAUCUUCUGUGAUAGCUUUCGGAGCAGAUUAGGUUUAGCAGUGUGCAAGGCGGGUCUUGGAAAGAACCAUCACGCUGCGAGUUCUCCGAUGCCUAUGCAAUGCAGAACAUGUUGUUGGCUGUAAAUAUUGCUUGUCUAAAAAAAAUCAAAGUAUACUGAAGUCAUAUCAAGAUAUUGCAAUCACCUCACUUAAAGCUUCAAGUUUUAUGCAUGCACAAGACUGCUUUAUGGUCAUCAGAAAUGAGCCCUUCAGAAUGGCUUUCCUCAAGUUGUCUUGCCAUUAACAUGACAAAAGUUAUAAAAUAGUUGCUAAAUGUAUUAUCGAAUGCUAAUGUGCACAAAGUUUUUGCAAGAUCACCUUCAAUUUUCAGUUGCAAUGGCCCAGAACUAUACACAUUGGUUUAGUUGCAUCCCGUGCUAGAAAACUGCAGUGCAACCUUUAGCAAGAGGAAUGCAUGUGCAACACCGCAGCCACCCUUGACUUGGCUUUUGAAAUGUGGGCUGGUCUAAUGUGUUCUUGCCAUUGCAGCUGAAGUUAUAAUUUUUGAAACUGUCACACCAUGAACUUAAUUGUUAUUUAUCAGCUACACCGAAUACACAGCGCAGUAAGAACAAAGGACAGGUUGAAACGGGGCAAGCGCUGUCCUGUCUCGAACUGUUAGUGCCUUCACAGCUCUGGGCCACGCUAAGACCAAAGCACAGCAGAUGCAAUGCCCAUAUACAACCAGUGAAAAAGUGACUGUGCCCGUCUUGGAAAAAAAACUUGAACUUGCUAGUGAGCAGAUCCCUGGAAAGGCCUCGCCACCACGAGGCCUCGAGAGGGGUUUUAAAGUGCUGUUAAUGGUCACGUGACCACAUGCAAGUUUGUUCCUGUUUUUGUUGGCUUGUUGGCUGCUGGAGCUAAGAAGGUGGGAAUACCUAGUCGUCACAAGCUAGUCUUGACUGAUGGGGAGGGGGAUUACAUUUUCACUUUCUGCAAGCAAGAAUAAAAAGACCUGGGCCUCA